UACAGUAUAAUAAUGUACUAUCAGUGAGUGCUCCCACAGCCAGGCACCUGCUGCUGCACCGCCCGGAAGCCGGGGAGAGUCUCUGUGAGCAGUGGGCAGGGUAGGGAAGCCCUGCAGGAGAGAGAAGAAGACCUUCCGAGCCCCCAGGCUCCAGACAAGACUUGGGCAGCCAGGCGUGGUCUGCCUGCUCCGGCGCUCCAUAUAAAAGCCCGAUCUCUCCUGAGAACAAGGGUGGCAUUGAGCUGCGGCACAGCAGUGGGACGGGUGCAAGGGAAAGGGCACAGGGAGGGGGGCAGAGAGAUCAGGGGCAGCGGUGCACAGAAGGAUAAGGGCUGAGGAACACUAGGAGACCGGUAUGCGCACGGGAAGGAUGUCCUGGCUAUACCUCCUCUGCUCUGGGCUUCUCUCCGGCACUUUGGUCGCUGCUUUUAACCUGGAUACUGACAAUGUGAUCACGAAAGGAGGAGAACCCGGGAGUUUGUUCGGCUUCUCUCUGGCUAUGCAUCGGCAGCUGCACCCGGACGAUAAGCGGCUAUUGUUGGUUGGUGCCCCUAAAACAAAAGCUUUCCCCGCUCAGAAAGCCAACGUAACUGGUGGUUUAUUUGCCUGUGAUAUUACAGCUUCUGCUCCGUGCACUCGGGUUGUGUUUGAUGAUAAAGUUGACUUAUCAGUUGAGAAUAAAGAGAACCAAUGGAUGGGUGUAAGUGUCCAAAGCCAAGGACCAGGAGGCAAAGUUGUGACCUGCGCUCAUCGGUAUGAGAGGAGGAGAUUUGUGAAUACAGCCCAAGAAUCUCGGGACAUCACUGGAAGAUGUUAUGUUCUGAGUCAGAACCUCACUAUCUCAGAUGAUAUGGAUGGAGGAGAGUGGAACUUUUGUGAAGGGCGAGUCAGGGGACAUGAGAAAUUUGGGUCUUGCCAACAAGGUGUAGCAGCAACAUUUACAAAAGACUAUCAUUAUGUUGUGUUUGGUGCCCCAGGGACGUACAACUGGAAAGGGUUUGUCCGGGCAGAACAGAAAAAUAGUACAUUGGAGGACAUGUUAAUUUUUGACGAUGGCCCUUACGAAACUGGUGGUGAAACAAAACGCAACCCAGAUUUAGUACCGGUUCCAGCUAACAGUUACCUAGGUCUCCUGUUUAUGACAACAAUGUCCAAUACUGACCCUGACCAGUUUCUUUAUAAAUCUGAUUCCCCCAAAGCAAGGGGGAAGAAAUCCUUGGACGUGGCGACUAAUAGCUACUUAGGGUUUUCUUUAGACACAGGGAAAGGGAUUACCUCUCAGGAAGAAAUGACAUUUGUAUCAGGGGCCCCUAGAGCCAAUCACAGUGGAGCUGUAGUCCUCCUGAAGAAGUAUCCACCCAAUGAAAGGAUGUUGUCGCCGGAGUUUAUCUUUGAAGGCGAGGGACUGGCCUCUUCCUUUGGUUAUGAUGUGGCAGUGGUGGAUCUGAACAGUGACAAGUGGCAGGAUAUAGUAGUUGGUGCUCCUCAAUAUUUUGAUAAGAAUGACAAAGAAGUAGGAGGUGCUAUCUAUGUAUACAUGAAUGAGGCUGGCAAAUGGGGAAACGUUCGACCAAUUCGAAUUGUUGGAACCAAAGACUCCAUGUUUGGUAUUUCUGUGAAGAACAUAGGAGACCUAAAUCAAGAUGGCUAUCCAGACAUUGCAGUUGGUGCUCCAUAUGAUGAGGGCUUUGGGAAAGUCUAUGUAUAUCAUGGGUCCAAAAAUGGGAUUAUUGAAAAACCUGCACAGAUUAUUGAUGGAAAGAGCACAAACACCCAGUCGUUUGGUUACUCCAUUGCUGGAAACAUGGAUUUAGAUAGAAAUUCUUACCCAGAUAUUGCAGUUGGAUCUUUGUCAGAUUCUAUAAAUGUGUUCAGAUCACGUCCAGUUGUCAGUAUCAAAAAGACGAUUAAAGUGACGCCAGAUAAGAUAGACCUUAACAAGAGAAACUGCGUGGUACCAAGCGGAAUCUGUUUGACAGUUGAGGUCUGUUUGUCGUACACAGCGGAGCCCAGUGACUACAACCCAGUCUUAACUCUUGCUUGCACUAUUGAAGUUGAAAGUCAAAGACAGAGCCUGGGGUUGUCAUCAAGAAUUGCUAAUGUGCAAGGGCCGAUUUCAAGUACUAUUGAUCUCAGAGCACAAAAUCAGCAAAAAUGUUUCCAAACCCCCCUCAAUCUUCAGGAAAAUAUUAUGGAUAAACUGCGACAGAUUCCCGUGUCGGUCACUGUAGAUAUCAAAAGUGCACGUCGGGCAAAGAGGCAAACUAGUCCAUUACCAGAACUCUUGCCAAUCCAGAAUGCCAAUGAGCCCAAGACGGUUACCACAGAGGCGCAGUUUUUGAAAGAAGGAUGCGGCGAAGAUAACAUCUGCAACAGUAACAUGAAGAUCGCAUACAAAUUCUUCACCAAAGAUGGACCAGACACGUACAGCCAACUAAAGAUGGAGAACGGUGUUCCGGUACUUGCUCUUCAAAAUCAGAGAGACAUCGCUCUCGAAAUUACAGUAACAAAUAAUCCAUCGGAUCCAAACAAUCCCAAAAUCGAUGGUGAUGAUGCCCACGAAGCUAAAUUUAUUGCUGAUUUACCAAAUACCUUGUCCUUUUCAUCAGCCAAGAACCUGACUAAAGCUCCUGAAAGAUUUUUGUGUACAUCCAAUCAAAAUGGUUCAAAAGUUGAUUGUGAUCUUGGAAAUCCUUUCAAAAGAAAUGCCAAUAUAACUUUCCUUCUGAUUUUGAGUGCUAAUGAAAUAUCAGUUGACACUAAGGAGCUGCAGAUUCCUCUCACACUAGAAACGACCAGUUCUCAAGCAGACCUAGGACCCGUAGUUGCAAAGGCUCAAGUGGUAGUGGAACUUCUGCUUUCUGUUUCUGGGGUCGCCAAUCCCUCUCAGGUGUACUUUGGAGGAAAAGUUACUGGAGAAAGUGCCAUGAAGACAGAGGAUGAAAUUGGAAGUUUAGUUAAUUUUGAGUUCAGAGUCACUAAUUUUGGACGGCCUCUGAAAGCACUUGGUACAGCAUUUUUAGACAUUAAGUGGCCGAAAGAAAUAAACAAUGGAAAAUGGCUGCUUUACAUUGUAAAUAUAGAGUCCAAAGGACUGGACAAGGUCAAGUGUCAACCAGAAGGUGAAAUUAACCGUCUGAAAGUGCUGGAAUCUGGUAAAAGUCGGAGCAAACGUGAGUUAGCGGAAAAGCAGACCGAUGUGGAUGGGAAAACAUUUUCUCUAUUCUCUGACAGGAAAUACCUGACACUGGACUGCGAGAACCAUGCAAAGUGUGUGACAAUUAGAUGCCCCCUUCAGGGUCUGGAUAGUAAUGCAGUCAUUAAUGUUCGAUCCAGGUUAUGGAACAGCACUUUCCUUGAGGAAUAUUCAAAGAUGAACUAUCUCGACGUCCUUGUGAAAGCCUCAAUCAGUAUUGAUACAACAUCUGAGAAUGUUAAAUUGUCCAAUGAAGGUUACCAGGUGCGUGUUACAGUAUUCCCUGAGAAGACGCAGGCACAGUACACUGGGGUGCCAUGGUGGAUUGUCCUCGUUGCUAUAUUAGCAGGAAUUUUAAUGCUUGCACUACUAGUCUUUUUAUUAUGGAAGUGCGGAUUCUUUAAACGUUCCAGGUACGAUGACAGUGUCCCGCAAUACCAUGCUGUACGAAUUCCCAAAGAAGAACGCCAGUUCAAAGAUGGCAAAUUGAAGCAGAACAGUGAUAAAAAGCAAUGGGUCACCAAUUGGAAUGAAAAUGAAAGUUAUUCCUAGGAAUAUUUAUAAUUGGAUUUGUUUUUUAUAAUGGUUACUUUUAAUUGAAAGAGCACCACAGUUGUUGAAUUGGGUAUGUUCUAAACCAUAGGCUUAUUGUGAAUUGUCUUCUUGGCCAGCUGUGAAAGUGAUGCUCGCCAGUGCCAGAUUAUGGAAUUAAAGUAUUAGGUGCCCGAUAUGUGAUGGGUAACAUCAUAUAGGGGCACAAAAUGUCAGGAAGGGGUGCUAAGUUUUAUUUAAUGCUGAUCUACUGUCAUUAUGCAAUAAAGGAGAAAGCAGCCAAUCUACUUUUAGUGCAUUAAAGUCUCUUAGAUGGCGAUUGCAGUCACUAUAGGACCCUAUUCCAUUUGCCUUAAACACAUCUCUUUGUGCCAUUAUCAAACUUAGCAUGUGAUCAUUUGUGAAAUUGUUUGGUCAUAUGUCCUAUGCAAUAUAUACAUUUCUUUACAAACAGUAGUCAUCACCAAUGGCUCUUAUAUGCAGCCCAUUAUAGUACCUAACUUGUUGUGCCUUUAAAUCCCUUCAUUGCAGGGGGAAACUUCAAAUUGUUGCAUAGUGCAGAACGUUAAGUCUUAAUUACACUAUGCACAACUAAUACACACCUGGGUUAAAUAUACAUUCCUUUUGCGUUUGAGGCUGCAAAUUUAAAUUGUGCAAUAUGUCAUUCAACACAUUAUAGUAACAUUUGCAAUUGUUUUCAGAUUUAUAACCUAACAACCAUGUUUCAAUGUUAUUUCUGUAAAUAGAUUAACCUGUGGGGUAUUUAUUACUUCCUGUUACUUUUUACAUUUAACCUUAAAGUGUACAGGUGGCCUACACACGGUGCAGAGUAUCCGUGGGGGUGUGGCCUGUCCGUACAGUGACAUCACUGAGGCUGGCUGUAUUUCUGUACGUCCACCAUGUCAUUUGUUAGUGAGGUGACUGUCUACACUCCCAUGAAUAUAGACUCAGCUUCCACCAUCUGUAGGGUGCUGGUAAACUUUAAGGCCAAAGAUUACUUGCUUUUUUUUUUUUUUAGUGGGGGAGGGUGGGGGGAGGUGAUGGGUGCAACUAAUCAAAGUGGUCACUGUAGGCAAUUAAUUCCACUGGAAUGUCACUGGUUUGUGUUUUUAUUAUCUGCACAAACCGCUAUUAUAACGCAGCACUCAGUUUUGUAUCUUGUCUGUCAAUACAUCGACCUGCUUUUUACCCAUGGAAUUCCUAAUUUACCAGCUGCCAGAGGGCUCUCGGUGCGUUUUCACAGUUUAUCAAUUCAUGUCCUAAAUGUGUAAAUACUGUGAUGUGUAGAUAUAAAAUGUUAUUUCUAAUUGUG